UGACGCUCCUCCUUGACAUUAGCCUUGGGUAACCAACCGCACGAGAGGACGAGCUUAACAUUUCCCCUCAGAAGGCUACUAGUUAUUCGUUCUAUUUACUACUCCUUAUUUUCAGUACAAGUGGCAGAAGUUGAGAAUGUCACCAUUGGGGCCUAGAGAGAAGGCUGCUUUCAGGCAGUGCAUUCAAGCCCGAGCCCAGCUGGAGGAGGCCAUUACUGAGGUCAUCAAAGCUGAAGUUCAACUCAAGAGCAACUCCAGAGAGGUGAAGUCUCAGUUGCACAGCUGUAUCAGCAGACAUCUGGAGAUCCUGCGCUCUCGUGAGGUCUGUCUUCUCGAGCAGAUUGAUCUGGUGGAGCAACUGAAAGGAGAAACUUUACAACAGCAGCUCCAGCAGCUCCAUUUGCUCAGCGGCCAGUUCGACAUGCUUAUUCAUCAGCUGGAGUAUUCCAGUAGUGCCAAUCCUGCCACCCAGCUUACCUACUGCCUGGAGAAAUUGUCUUCUCUGAAUCUGACUCCUGAAGAAACCCCAGAAAUGAGUUUCAAAGCAGAUGCUCGCUCCUUGCGCCAAGCUAUCACAUCCUUUGGGACCAUUUCCACCCAGCAGAUGGAGAUGUCUCAGGACUCUUUUGGGAGAUCAUGGCUUCUCCAGGACUGCCCAGUUUCUGCCAAGAAACAGAAAAUAGAUCCUGAAUGGGGCACACCUCUGGCUGAGUGGCUUCUAGGAAACUGUCCAGUAACCAGUGCUCCUGUAGGUCACCAGUUCAGCUCGAACACCAAGGACUGGCUGCUUUCCUCAAAGGAAUCUCAGAAAGAUCAACAAUUGCCGCCUUUUGACUUCCAAAAGGCUUGGGGUCAACUCUAUGACCUGGAGUUGUGGCUUUUGAAAGAGAAAUUGCCUAUUCGUGAGCGAACCCUCAGUGGCAGCUCAGCCUUCUCUAUUGAGAUGAUCGAGGAAGGCGACUUAAAUCUGAACCAGGUGGAUGAGCAGAAAAAAGGGGGUGACAUUACUGAGGAAGAUGAACUUCGCAAGUGGCUCAUCAGCCCAAGCAAGCAAGAUAAGAGCAGCCCAGUCUCCGAUGCUGACCGAUUCAAUCAGAUUACCAAACCCUUUUAUGAGAGCUUUUCUCCCAGUGAUUGGCUAGCCAAAUCUGACUGCAACUCUUGCUGUAGCACACGCUCAGAGGCCAUUGAAAUCGAGAACCUCGGAAAGCUCAAGUGCCUUAAGACUCCCCCUUCAUCCACUGCUAGCACCCCUAUCACCAACCCAGAGUCCAUUGAGAUGUGGCUACAGAAGACCAUACCUCUGGAGACCAACUGCAAAGCCAACGAGACCUGCGCCAGCUAUGCUCAAUGUGUGUGUGAUGAUAACUGUGGAAAAGAGGCCCUAAGUUCUUGGCUCCUCAAGAAAGAGGGGCGGGAUAAGAACGGUGUACCUGUCAGUAAGAAUGCAACAAACAAAGCUUCCAGUCAGCAUCAGGAGCACCAACAGAAGGUUCAGGCCAUCCUAGAAGCCUGGCUACACCCAAGCAAUAGUGCCAAGACUCCUGGCCUGUCAUCCCUAUCUACCUGGUUGACCCCGCACUUAGUUGUCAGCGAUGAGAAGAAUUCACCCUUACAAACUUCAGACAUCUCCCAGAAUCCUCUCCAGACUGAGAACUGGCUUCUGCCAGCAUUGAAGCACAUUAGCAGUACCACUGAGACACCAAGAGAGCCAGAGAACAAGAACACUAAAGAGCGAGACCGCAAAGACCUAGAGGAGGACAAAUGGCUUCUACGCAAGCGGGAAAAUGCACAGCAGGAAAGACUUGGCCUCCCCAGAGUAUGUGACCUAUUUUCCUGCAUGAAGCUCAAUGGAGACAAAGAAAAGUGGCUCCACCAGGCACCUACACAGAUAUGAACACAACAUUCUUUGGCUUUUUAGAGUUUUAUUAGCACUAUUUAAUCGCUGAUUAUUGCACAAUAUCUUUCUAACGUGAUUUUUAGGAAUUUGCUCUUUCUGUUAUCUUUCAUUCUGGAGAUCAAAAGAGUUAUUAUGGACUAGAGGUGUUGGCCAGGAGAAUUUUAGGACAACCAUUACUUGAGAAAAGGAAUGUUAUGCUGGGCUUAUUUAGCCUUUUAUUAUGGGCAUACAGUUAAAUUCCAGUGAUGUGUUGAUAAACAUAAUUCAAUAAUUUGAUUUAAAAAUCAUGAGAAAAUGGGCCAGAUUAUUACAUACAAAACAAAUGCAUUUUUUUGGUCCCAUGGGGUUCCCAUGAUUUAUUUUCAGUUCUUCCGAAGCCCCUCACCCACCACGGGAGAGGGGCUUGGGAAGAACUGAAAAUAAAUCAGUGUUAAUCACGCACAGUUAUAAAAGCUUUUUUUCCCCUCCAUGUUGUGAAACUCUCUCUUGGACAUAUGGAGGAACAUUUGCUCUCAAGCUUUACUUCAUAUUGAUAUUGAAUUUGAGUUUUCUCAAGUGAGAUUACAUGUGCUCCCUUUGCCAUUUAUAUUACUUAGUUUUUAUUUUAAGACAUUCUAUACUUCAGUGGAAUAUAAGUACUCAUACAAGCUAAAUGCAGUUUAUUCUGUCCAAACAUGGUGCAGCAAAGAAUUCCAUUUGAGCAUGGAAUAUUUCAAAAGCAGAUUGUUUCUGACAAUUCUGUAAUUAAAUCAAAUCUCAGAUAACUUGUGCCUGACACUGAAUGUGUAGCAAUGCUUGUGGUCUUUUCUCCUCUAUUGUAUGUUACGUCUACAGCAACAAAUGUUCAUUGUGUGGUCUUUCUGUGUUAGGCUUGAACUUGUGGCAAAUAUUUACUAUAGAAUCAAUAUAUAGGUCUUAAUAAAUUUAGUCUUUCAUAACAAUAACUUGCUUUGAUAUGUCUUCGCUCUGAAUCACCCUGUCAACAUAUAACAUGAAUUAUACUUUGCACUUACUGAGCAAAGGCUGCAAGAAUAUUUUAAGCUGUUUCAAAGAUUAAAAUUAGGAUCAGAAUAUCAUAUUAUGGUGUCAUCUCCUGUUUUCCUUAGUAAUGGACCAAAAGACAUGGUACAUGACACAUUAAAAAUGCUCAAAUAUGGACUCUGGAUUAUAUGCAGAGUAAAUAGUUUUUUUGUCAGCCUAUGACGGUGCUGAACAGCAGCAGUGUGCACAUGUACACAUAUUGUAGGCUAAAGUAUUGCUUGCAUGAUUUCUUACUAAAGCUGUGAUCCCUGUCAUAAAACUGUCAAUAAAUAAAAGGAAAUAAAUCAGUUUCCUGUUUUA